AUUGCUAUACUUUUGUGUUACUUGGCUGUCAAAGUCAAAGAAUCCUAAGCACAGCCCACUUUCACUUCUCAGCUGGACAGAAUGUGCGAGCUUGUUUAAAUGCUCCUUAUCCCACCUCUUACGUCAAUUUCUCUUCUACUCCUUCUACUGAACAGUUUCUUCUGAGCCUACCUCAAGCUCCUUUCUUUGUAUUCCACUGUCACUCUCACUCGUUGUUUGUGUAGCUGUUGGAUCUGCAAUUCACUUACGUACGUACGACGUGCUCGACUAUUUCUGUCGCUUUUUGAGAGAGGAUGCCUCAUCCUCUGGUGGCUACCGGUGCCGUAGUCGCCGUUUCGGUCGCUGUCGCCACCGCUGUUGCCAUUUUCGAGUCGCCAGAAGUGCGACGAUACGCCGACGAUGUUCGCAGGAGGAUAGCUUUCGCCCUGUACUCUAUGGGCGAGGGCAUCCAACCUCCCCACCGUGAGCCGAGAUUCAAUAGACCUGAGGAUGCCGAUGGCUUCUUCGAAUCCCGCCGUGGUGCUGGUGCCGAAGCCGGAGUUGACGCCGAUGAGGAAACUCGCCGACGACAACGUGAGGAGCUGCUUUAUUGGAACUCGGUCAUGUUGGAGAAGCAAGAGAGGGAACAGAAGGACAAGGAAACCGACGAGAAACCCCCCGCGACUACAGAUUCAUCACGACGAGGUUCUUCAUUUGACGACUUCCUUCGUCAGGACGAGGGUGCUGAACGAGGCGCUUAUGUCUUUAACACUGGAGCCGAUACCCGCGCAGUGGAUGACGGUCUGCGACGUCGUGGCGAUGGUUCUCGCGGCUUCUCUUCUCUCUACACCAACCCCUUUGCCGACGAGCACAACAUUGAUCACGACGAACUGAACGAUGAUAUCGAGCAAAGCCGCCAUAUUUCUCCUGCCCAAGAUGAAAUUUCCGAUAUCUACAGCGCCACUACCCAGGACCGAGAUGAGAAGCCCGCCGCUCUUAUCGACACUGACCCCACCCCCGCCCUUUCUGAGACAGCUUCUUCCGCCACCCUUGAGCGUGAAAUCGGUGUCGACGAGUACAUGACUGCUGGACAAGAGGACCGCGAUGAGGCUUAUGCCUCCAUUCAGGCCUGGGCGCAAAACACCAGCCCCGAUUUCUACUCCCCUCUUCCCGUUACUCCCAGCGCUCCCAUGUCUGAGCCUGAAAUCAUCAGCGACGAUGGCAUGGUGACACCCACCGACUCUGUGUCUCUUGUCGGCUCCGGGGAUGACAUCGCUAAUGAUGCGCAAUCAUCUCGUGAGGGUGAGAACGGCCGCUACUUCGAUGUCAUGAGCGAGAGCUCUGGCAUGGCUACGCCCGCUAGCUGGUCUGAGGUUGGCAGCGUCAUCAGCGAGAGCGACGUCCACAUUCCUGUGCACCAAUAAACUCUGUCCUGUGGGAGUUUUAAAAAUCAUUCAAGUCGGAAUAUAGGUAGGAAAGCCAGCUGUGUAGGAGCAGGAAAUUGUUUUGGGAAUUAUAUAGCAGACGUAUACAGACGUUUAUUAGGGUCUGACUUCUUGGGUUUUCUUUCUGUCUUGGAGUUGGAGUU